UCACAAUACAUUUGAUGUGUUUGGCAAGCAAAAUUUUCGUAUACGACGUUGAAAAAUGUACGUAAAUGCGUCCGGUUUUCUCUUCCGAUCCUCGUGAGAAAUGGAAGAAGCCAACCAUUGGACGACCGUUGUGAAAUGUAACUUAUGCGGAGAAAUACCGAACAGCGCCCCGUUGUACCAAUGCCCAUUGCAACACCAAUAUUGCAUUGAUUGUUUCGCGGACUUGAAAUGCAGGUACAGGGGAUACCUCAAAAACGGGGCCACGUGUGUCAUUUGUAGGAUAUCCGGAGUGUUUACUCAGAGUAAGAUAAAUACGUCGUUUUUGAAUAAGAUUAAAGUCAAGCCUGGAAUCGGAAGGCCCUACAGAUACAAUGUUAACCAAAUUAUUAAUAAAAAUUAUCAGAAUGAUCAUCAAAGAUUAAAUUCUAAUGAAGCGUCUCCGCCAAUCGAUGAAGAAAUAACAGUGGAAAGUUUAUUCCAACUUCCAACCGAAGACCUGAAGCGUUUGCUAAGCAAAAACAGCGGUUUAAAUAAACCGUUUACGACGAAAGAACCGCCGUUAUUAGAAAUUAACAAGCCCAUCGGUUCGACGAGUUCCCACAAUCUGGCGUCGAAAAUGCCGAUAAAAUGUCCGCACAAAUUGUGCAAGAAAAUCGUGGCCCCGUCGACGUUCGUCACGCAUUUCAAGCACGAGCACUCCACCACUCCCAAGUACACGGUCGAGAGGAACAAGGAAAUUUGCCUGCCCUGCGACGUCUCCAUCAUAGAAUACCAGAACAAUUUCUGUCUAGCCAUGAUAACGGUGUACGAGUUUAACAAAAUCGACGUCAAAAAGUCCCAGAGUUCCCAGAGCGUGAUAAAAACGUGCGGGAAGUUCAGCCAGCAGGUCCCCAUCGACUCCUUCUGGCUGAUGGUGACAGGACCGCCGCACAGGAAGCCCAACAUAUCCAGCGCCAUAUUCUGGCUGUUCUGUCCGUCCGAGGAGCGCUACCGGUGCACUUUGGAGCUUUGCUCUAAAUACGACUCGAUUUCCUUGUCGACCUACUGCGAGGUGCACAGUUCCUGCCAACGCUUGAAAUUCAACGAUAUAGCCGCUUGCUUGCAUUGCUUGCUGGUCAGUACCGCUUCCCUGGGGGCUUUGCUUCAAGAAGGACCCGAACUAAAUUUAAGAAUAACUAUACACUAGUUGACUUAGUCGAAUUAUUGUAUCUGUAAACGAUUUUGAAUCUAUAUGAGUAAAUAAUUUAAUUCAUAAGUGAAAAACGG